CAUUCGUAACGCUUAGCAACCUUAAACGUAUGUAUAUCAUGUUUUAUUGUCAAACAUAACACAAUAUUACACAACUGAAGCGCAUUAUACGAAAUAUAUUUUGAAAAUAUACAUAUUUAUCGAAAAUAAAGUCUUACAAUGUCUGAAAACGAAGAUUUCGAGUCCUGUGGCUUUGCAAAUAUCACGGAGCAGGUACAACAGCCAGUACUGGAGCCCGAAGAGAUGGGAAUACUUCCGCCCAACCAUCCGUUACUGCGAAGGUUUCAACUCUCUUUGAGGGAACAUCUUUUGCGUACAAAGAACAAGCUUGAAAAUGAGAUAACAGAUAUUAAGUAUCAUGUUAAGGCCAAAGAGGAACGCCGGGAAGAACAAGGAUUGGCAUUGUAUGAUAUGCAAAAUAAAAUUGCAUAUCAGGAGCAACAAAUAAAAGAAAUAUCUGCACAAAUUGAUGAGCAUAUCGAAAAACGACAACAAGAAGAAGCAGCUGUUGAAAUUCUUAAGAAGGAAUAUGACGAGAAAAUCAAAUUGACAAGAACUCAAAAAUCGUUAUACCAUACCCGAAUGAUGGAACUAGAAGAUCUGCAAAGUUUGGGCAGUAAUAUAAAAAAUUGGGCAUAUGAAGUCGAAGAUGAAGUUAAAAAUGCAAAGCGGAUAGUUAGCCGCGAUGCUCAACUGCAAAAGCAGCUGUCAGAGGAAAAAAGAAAGUCGGACAUACUUUUUUAUCGACUCGAUAUGGAAGUAAAGAAAAAAGAAGCCGAGUUGCAAUCAAUUUCGGAAGAUGAAGUUGCAAUUAAAGAGGUCGUUAAUGUCCUUAAUAUGAGUAUUGCCGAUGCUAAUACUGACUUGGAGGCUUUACAAAAUGAGCAUAAAAGGCUAAUUCAGGCCUGGAGUGAAGUCAUCAUAGCAAUUCAACUAAGAGAUAAAAUUCUAUUUCAAGUUCAGGAUAAUAUACGCAAACAAAAAGAGUCAAUAAAACUGAAUUCAAAUGGAAUUGAGGCAGUAAAAAAGCAAAUUUCGAGAGAAAUGGAGCUCAACAAAAAGCUGGAAUCCUUUAAGCAACGAUUGGCCGAUGAUAUGAGUAAUCUAAGUAGAGAAUGCCAAAAUGAAGUUGAAGCUUUACUUGCUCUGCAAACCAAGCUAGACGAGUUUCCAGAUUUUCUGGCACGCACCGAAACGGAUUUACAAGAAGCAACUCGCGAAGGAAAUAAAUUAAUAUCAGAAAUGCGUAGGCUGGAUCUGGUCCUAGACAAAAAUCACCAAAAGAAAUUUCGAACUGAGGAAGCCAUCUUGAAGUUAGCUCAGGAUCAACUUAUCACUGAUAAAGCUAGUGCAUAUCGCUUAAAAUUAUUGAAUAAGGCGCAGGAGCAUCGCCGAAAUGUUGAUAUUUCUUUGUCGAAAGUACAAAACCAAUUGGCAUUGGCAAUGCUCGAUGUGGAGAAAUUGCGAAGCGUAUUGUUUAAUACAAAGAAAGAAAAUGACAAGAUUCAAGAUAAUUUAACUAAAGCUGAAGAAAAAUCAAAUAGUUUGGAUGAAGAACUAAAGAAAAUACAAAAUAAAAUUGAAAUCAAAAUGCAGCGAUUCGAAAAGAUAAACAGUCAAAUUGAAGAGAUUCACAACGCCCAUGGUGACGAAACUGGGAAUCCAACUGAACUUAAGAUAAAGCAAAUAGAAAAAUCUAUACACGUGGGCGAGCACCAAAUCAGAGAGCAUCAACAAUUUUGGAUAAUGCUUCAAAAUCAUUAUGUGAAUUUGACCCAUAAAAGAAGCGAUCAAUUACAUGAAAUUCAGGUGACUAGAAAACAGUUAUCAAUCAUAAAGCAAAAAUCACUGAAGGUGGACCAAGAAUUAGAAAUAUCUGAAAAUAAGGCAAGAGAUCUAAGACUGGAUAUUCAGAAGUAUACCUCAAAGUUGGAGCUUCUCAAUGAGAAAAUAUAUACCAAACGAAAAACUCAUGAUGUCGAAGAAAGCGAAUACGAGCAGGAGCAGUUUGAACUUAGCCAAAAACUAAAGGACACCGAGAUGAGUACAUUAAAACUUGAAAAAGAUAUAAAUGAACUGUUAAAUGAAAUUGAGCUAAGCAAGGACCUGGUACUCGAUAGCCACAGAGAAGCUCUAUCGUGGGAAACAAAGCACAAAUUAAUUGAGGAAACAAUUGACUGGACUAAAACAGAGCGCUCAUUGAAUGGUGAAAUUGGAGCAAUGAAAAUUGAAAUUCACAGAAUGACAAUUCGCUUCAAUCAAUUAAAACGCGCCCAGGAAAAAUUGGUUCAAGAUUUGGAGCAUUGUGUGAUGCAUCGUGAACAAAUUUUCGUGCAUGCAUCAGUCAAAGAACACGUUGAUGCAAAAAAAAAGAAAUAUAAGAACGCAUCUCAGAGCCAAAUAAAGCUUGAGGAAGUUCGCAACAAAUCAAAGGCUAUUCAAAAUGAAAUAACAUUCCUUUCAGAAAAGCGCAUUGUAGAUAACGUCCAUAAUAUUGAGCGUAUGGUCUAUAUUUUGCGAAAAAAUCAAAAUGAUCUAAAAGAAGUUUCAAGUAAAGAUGUCUCUAUUCGAGCUCAAAUUGAGGAUGCUCUUCUAUCAAAACAUUCUAAUCUGGAGCAAAUAAUUCGAAAACAAAAUCGAGCUAAAGCAUUUCGCAAACUAAGUCUAAUGAAAGGACAACAUAAAAUUGUUAGAUCAGAGAGCACCAUUGAGCAACAAUUACAAGCGCAAAUCGAAAUGAAUGAUACUCUAAUGGAAAUUGUUCAGACCUUAACUAAUGAUUAUCCUGACAAAAAGCCGUUUUUUUCAAAACUCUUUAAUUUCUUAAAAGAAUGAAAAUGUUCAAAUUAUAAGCAAUUUA